GCUGACUUGACAGGAAUUAAAUGGAAAAGAUAUGUAUGGCAAGGCCCAACUUCUGCCCCUAUUCUGUUUCCGGUGACAGAAGAAGACCCUAUUUUGAGCAGUUUCAGUCGCUGCCUUAAGGCAGAUGUACUUAGUGUUUGGCGGCGAGAUCAAAGACCUGGAAGAAGAGAAUUGUGGAUAUUUUGGUGGGGGGAAGACCCCAAUUUUGCUGACCUUAUUCACCAUGACUUAUCAGAAGAGGAAGAUGGAGUGUGGGAGAAUGGACUUUCCUAUGAAUGCCGUACUCUGCUAUUCAAAGCAGUUCACAAUCUGUUAGAACGAUGUUUAAUGAACCGAAACUUUGUACGUAUUGGCAAGUGGUUUGUGAAGCCUUACGAAAAAGAUGAAAAACCUAUAAAUAAAAGUGAACACUUGUCCUGCUCUUUCACCUUUUUCUUGCAUGGAGACAGCAAUGUUUGUACCAGUGUGGAAAUUAAUCAACAUCAACCUGUAUACCUUCUCAGUGAAGAGCAUAUUACCCUUGCUCAACAGUCUAAUAGUCCAUUUCAAGUUAUCUUAAGCCCAUUUGGGCUAAAUGGCACUCUCACAGGACAGGCAUUCAAGAUGUCUGAUUCAGCUACAAAAAAAUUGAUUGGUGAAUGGAAACAGUUCUAUCCCAUCUCAUGUUGCUUGAAGGAGAUGUCUGAAGAAAAACAGGAAGAUAUGGAUUGGGAAGAUGAUUCUCUAGCUGCAGUAGAAGUUCUUGUUGCUGGUGUCCGAAUGAUCUACCCAGCAUGCUUUGUUCUAGUCCCUCAGUCAGACAUUCCUACUCCUAGCUCUGUGGGCUCUUCUCACUGUUCAACUUCUUGCUUGGGUGUCCACCAAGUGCCUGCUUCCACAAGAGAUCCUGCUAUGUCUUCGGUUACUCUUACACCACCUACGUCUCCUGAGGAAGUCCAAACAGUUGAUCCUCAGUCUGCUCAGAAGUGGGUCAAAUUUUCCUCAAUAUCUGAUGGCUUCAACUCUGAUAGUACUAGCCACCAUGGUGGGAAAAUACCCCAGAAAUUAGCCAGUCACGUGGUGGAUAGAGUUUGGCAAGAAUGCAAUAUGAACAGAGCACAGAACAAGAGGAAGUAUUCUGCUUCAUCAGGUGGCCUGAAUGAAGAAGAGAUUCCCGAUAAAGUAGCAUGCUGGGACUUCGUUGAAGCUACACAAAGAACAAGUUGCAGUUGUUCAAGGCACAAAAAUCUCAAACCAAGAAAUGCUGGACAAGGACAGGUUCCAUCUUUAAGUCAACAACAGCAAGUACUUCCAAAGCACAAGACCAAUGAGAAACAAGAAAAGAGUGAAAAACCACAGAAACGCCCCUUGACUCCUUUUCAUCAUCGUGUAUCUAUUAGUGAUGAUGUUGGCAUGGAUGCAGAUUCAGCUAGCCAAAGACUUGUGAUCUCUGCUCCUGAUAGUCAAGUGAGAUUUUCAAACCUCCGAACUAAUGAUGUAGCAAAGACUCCUCAGAUGCAUGGCACUGAAAUGUCAAACUCACCUCAGCCACCCCCACUUAGUCCUCACCCAUGUGAUGUGGCUGAUGAAGGAGUGACCAAAACACCUUCAACUCCUCAGAGUCAGCAUUUUUAUCACAUGCCCACACCGGAUCCCUUGGUUCCUACCAAACCAAUGGAAGAUAGGAUAGAUAGUUUGUCCCAGUCUUUUCCACCUCAGUUCCAGGAAACCGUAGAACCUACAGUGUAUGUUGGUACAGCAGUAAACCUGGAAGAAGAUGAAGCUAAUACAGCCUGGAAGUAUUACAAGGUCCCAAAGAAAAAGGAUGUCGAGUUUUUACCGCCUCAGCUUCCAGGUGAUAAAUUCAAGGAUGAUCCAGUUGGACCUUUUGGACAGGAAAGUGUAACAUCAGUUACAGAGUUAAUGGUGCAGUGUAAGAAACCUUUAAAAGUUUCUGAUGAAUUAAUACAGCAAUAUCAAAUUAAAAACCAGUAUAUUUCAGCAAUAGCAUCUGAUGCAGAACAAGAACCUAAAAUUGAUCCAUAUGCAUUUGUUGAAGGAGAUGAAGAAUUCCUUUUUCCUGACAAAAAAGAUAGACAAAAUAGUGAGAGAGAACCUGGAAAAAAACAUAAGGUAGAAGAUGGGACAUCUAGUGUUACAGUCUUAUCACAUGAAGAAGAUGCUAUGUCAUUAUUUAGUCCCUCUAUUAAGCAAGAUGCUCCACGUCCUAGUAGUCAUGCCCGUCCUCCAUCAACCAGUUUGAUAUAUGACUCAGACUUGGCUGUCUCUUAUACUGAUCUUGAUAAUCUCUUCAAUUCUGAUGAAGAUGAACUAACACCUGGAUCUAAAAAAUCAGCGACUGGAUCAGACGAUAAAGCCAACUGCAAAGAAUCAAAGACAGGAAAUCUGGAUCCGUUAUCUUGUAUAAGCACUGCAGAUCUUCAUAAAAUGUAUCCUACACCACCAUCAUUGGAACAACAUAUUAUGGGAUUUUCCCCAAUGAAUAUGAAUAAUAAAGACUAUGGUAGUAUGGAUACUACACCUGGAGGAACUGUUCUAGAAGGAAAUAGUUCUAGUAUAGGAGCACAGUUCAAAAUUGAAGUUGAUGAGGGAUUCUGUAGCCCAAAACCUUCUGAAAUUAAAGAUUUUUCUUAUGUCUAUAAGCCUGAAAAUUGUCAAGUUCUAGUGGGAUGUUCCAUGUUUGCACCUUUAAAAUCUCUACCAAGCCAAUGUCUGCCCCCUAUCAAAUUGCCAGAAGAUUGUAUUUACCGCCAGAGUUGGAGUGUUGGAAAAUUGGAAUUGCUUCCUUCAGGGUCUACAAUGCCAUUCAUCAAAGAAGGUGAUGCAAGUAAUAUGGAUCAAGAAUAUGGACCUGCUUAUACUCCUCAAACCCAUACUUCUUUUGGGAUGCCUCCUAGCAGCGCUCCUCCUAGUAACAGUGGAGCAGGAAUUCUUCCUUCUCCAUCCACCCCUAGGUUUCCAACUCCAAGGACUCCAAGGACUCCUCGAACUCCUCGUGGAGCUGGUGGACCUGCUAGUGCUCAAGGUUCAGUCAAGUAUGAAAACUCAGACCUGUAUUCACCAGCCUCCACCCCAUCUACAUGCAGACCCCUUAAUUCUGUUGAACCUGCAACUGUUCCUUCCAUCCCUGAAGCACACAGUCUUUAUGUAAACCUCAUCCUUUCAGAAUCAGUUAUGAAUUUGUUUAAAGACUGUAACUUUGAUAGUUGCUGUAUCUGUGUCUGCAACAUGAAUAUCAAGGGUGCCGAUGUUGGAGUUUACAUUCCAGAUCCAACGCAGGAAGCACAGUAUAGGUGUACCUGUGGUUUCAGUGCUGUCAUGAACAGAAAAUUUGGAAACAAUUCAGGAUUAUUUCUUGAAGAUGAACUAGAUAUCAUAGGACGCAACACAGACUUUGGCAAAGAAGCAGAAAAACGUUUUGAAGCUCUCAGGGCUACCUCUGCUGAACAUAUUAAUGGAGGUCUAAAGGAAUCAGAAAAAUUGCCUGAUGAAUUGAUAUUAUUGCUACAAGAUCAGUGUACUAAUUUAUUUUCACCCUUUGGAGCAUCAGACCAAGAUCCUUUCCCCAAAAUUGGUGUAAUUAGCAAUUGGGUACGAGUCGAAGAGCGGGACUGUUGCAAUGACUGCUAUCUUGCAUUAGAACAUGGGCGUCAGUUCAUGGAUAAUAUGUCAGGGGGAAAAGUUGAUGAAGCACUUGUGAAAAGCUCAUGCUUACAUCCCUGGUCUAAACGAAAUGAUGCGAGCAUGCAGUGCUCACAGGAUAUUCUUCGAAUGCUCCUCUCUCUUCAGCCAGUUCUUCAAGAUGCUAUUCAGAAAAAAAGAACAGUAAGACCUUGGGGAGUUCAAGGUCCUCUCACUUGGCAACAGUUUCACAAAAUAGCUGGCCGAGGCUCUUAUGGAACUGAUGAAUCUCCAGAACCACUGCCAAUUCCCACGUUUUUGUUGGGUUAUGAUUAUGAUUUUCUGGUGCUUUCUCCAUUUGCUCUCCCUUACUGGGAGAGACUUAUGCUGGAACCCUAUGGAUCUCAAAGAGAUAUAGCCUAUGUUGUACUAUGUCCAGAGAAUGAAGCUUUGUUACACGGAGCCAAAAGCUUUUUUAGAGAUCUUACUGCAAUAUAUGAGUCCUGUCGAUUGGGUCAACAUAGACCUAUUUCUCGACUGUUGACGGAUGGGAUCAUGAGAGUUGGAUCUACUGCAUCAAAGAAACUAUCAGAAAAGAUUGUAGCAGAAUGGUUUUCUCAGGCAGCUGAUGGUAACAAUGAAGCAUUUUCUAAACUCAAGCUUUAUGCUCAAGUCUGCAGAUAUGACCUAGGUCCUUAUCUUGCCUCCCAGCCGUUGGACAGCUCUCUGCUUUCACAGCCAAAUUCAGUUACCCCUGCAAGUCAGUCUUUGAUUACUCCACCUCAGAUGACAAAUACUGGAAGUGCUAAUACACCAUCUGCUACAUUAGCCUCUACAGCAAGCAGCACCAUGACAGUGACUUCAGGUGUUGCCAUAUCUUCUUCAGUUGCCACAGCUAAUUCAACUUUGACGACAAGUUCAUCUUCAUCAUCUUCCAACUUGAAUAGUGGAGUAUCAUCAAACAAACUACCUUCAUUUCCCCCCUUUGGCAGUAUGAACAGCAGUGGUUCAGGAUCCAUGUCUACACAAGCAAGUACAGUUCAGAGUGGCCAGCUAGGUGGGCAACAAUCAUCAGCUCUGCAGACGGCUGGGAUUUCUGGAGAGUCAUCUUCACUUCCCACUCAACCGCAUCCUGAUGUGUCUGAAAGCACAAUGGAUCGGGAUAAAGUGGGAAUCCCCACAGAUGGUGAUUCACAUGCAAUUACCUAUCCUCCUGCAAUUGUUGUUUAUAUAAUUGAUCCUUUUACAUAUGAAGAUAAAGAUGAGAGCACUAACUCUUCUAACGUGUGGACUUUGGGGCUACUCCGAUGCUUUCUGGAAAUGGUCCAGACUCUCCCUCCUCAUAUCAAGAGUACUGUUUCUGUACAGAUUGUUCCUUGUCAGUACCUGUUACAACCUGUGAAGCAUGAAGAUAGACAAAUUUAUACCCAGCAUUUAAAAUCCCUGGCUUUUUCGGCUUUUACCCAGUGUCGGAGACCACUUCCAACAUCAACCAACGUCAAAACAUUGACAGGCUUUGGUCCAGGUUUAGCCAUGGAAACUGCUCUUAAAAGCCCUGAUAGACCAGAGUGUAUUCGACUUUAUACACCCCCAUUUAUUCUGGCUCCAGUGAAGGACAAACAGACAGAGUUAGGAGAAACAUUUGGAGAAGCUGGACAGAAAUACAAUGUUCUUUUUGUGGGCUACUGUUUAUCACAUGAUCAAAGGUGGAUUCUUGCAUCUUGCACAGAUCUAUAUGGAGAACUUUUAGAAACUUGUAUCAUAAACAUCGAUGUUCCAAAUAGGGCUCGUCGGAAAAAAGGUUCUGCUAGAAGAUUUGGUCUACAGAAACUUUGGGAGUGGUGCUUAGGGCUUGUACAAAUGAGUUCAUUACCAUGGAGAGUUGUAAUUGGUCGUCUGGGAAGGAUUGGUCAUGGAGAAUUAAAAGACUGGAGCUGUUUGCUGAGUCGUCGAAACUUGCAGUCUCUAAGUAAAAGACUCAAAGACAUGUGUAGAAUGUGUGGUAUAUCUGCUGCAGACUCUCCCAGCAUUCUGAGUGCUUGUUUAGUAGCGAUGGAACCUCAAGGCUCUUUUGUUAUUAUGCCAGAUUCGGUAUCAACAGGUUCUGUAUUUGGAAGAAGCACCACUCUAAAUAUGCAGACAUCUCAGCUAAAUACCCCACAGGAUACGUCAUGCACUCAUAUACUUGUGUUUCCUACUUCUGCUUCUGUACAAGUAGCUUCAGCGACUUACACCACUGAAAAUUUAGAUUUAGCUUUCAACCCUAACAAUGAUGGAGCAGAUGGAAUGGGUAUCUUUGAUUUACUAGACACACCAGAUGAUCUUGAUCCUGAUAUCAUUAAUAUCCUUCCUGCAUCUCCAUCUGCAUCUCCUGUACAUUCUCCAGGAUCUCAUUACCCCCAUGGAGGUGAUACUGGCAAGGCCUCUUUGCACCUCCACGUGCCUUCAGUGCAAUCUGACGAGCUGCUUCACAGUAAACACUCCCACCCACUUGACUCGAAUCAGACUUCCGACGUCCUCAGGUUUGUUUUGGAACAGUACAAUGCACUCUCCUGGCUAACCUGUGACCCUGCAAUCCAGGACAGACGCUCAUGUCUCCCAAUUCAUUUUGUGGUGCUGAAUCAGUUAUAUAACUUUAUCAUGAAUAUGCUGUGAUCUUUAUUUGUUGGAACUGUGCAAGAAAAGAAUAAGGAAAAAAGAAUAUUUUGCUGCAGGAUUACAUUACAGUUAUCUUCUCAGUGAAAGUCAUUUGUGAUGGGGUCUAAUUCUUAUUACUUCAACAAAUAUUGUUUUGACUUGGGGAGGGGCUAUAACCCUGCUAUUUUUCAGUGACUGUACCGAACUCUUUAGGAUGAUGACUGAUCAUACAAAACGUAUUAUAACACUUUCGUAGCAAAAUUAACUUUUUUUUUCCAGUCACAGUAUUUGUGAAGAGUAAUGAGCCAUAGUACCCAGUCAUGUUAAAUGAAUAUUAAAAGCAUGGAGAGGAAACAUGAGGAACAAUGAAUUCCAACAUACGGCUUUAGAACAUCAAGGUGUUCUUGUAUUGGAUUAUAGUAUCUAGUAUUCAAAAAUGCCUGCAUCUCUUAUUUAUUGUAAGUUUUUAAUGUAUAAAUUGUCUUAUAUUUCUUAACCUCUUUUAUAAAAAUUUUCCUAGAAGGUUUAUAUUGCCUUCUUGCUUUAAAGCAAUUGGUCUAAAAUAUAUGUAAUCGUCUUAAUUAAAAAGUUGCAGUAGGGUUGCUUUUAGAGUAUUAUUUUUUUGUAAGGGGGUGGGUGGGACAGUAAAUUUGUAUUGUCUCAAUGUACAGUUUAAUGGGGAUAGAGGGGGAAUAAUGUCCAUACCAUUGUGUGUGGAGGAUUUACAGCUAAGCUGUAGUUGCAGAGUACAUGUACAGUAAAGAAGUUCACUGUGUUUAUAAAAUGAAAAGGUACCGGGUCUUACAGCAUUUUAUAUAUCACACCUUUACAGAAUAACAUGAUGGCAAUAUACAAGUGAUAUUGUUAGGUGGUUUAACUUAGAAUAAAUUGAGAAUUCUUCAGUUAUAUUUUGUACUAUGGUUUAGGGCUAUGACUAAUAUUUCAGGCCAUUUCCAGUGAAAGAAAGUUAGUUUUACAAGAAAAACAUUUGCUACUGAAUGCUUAAACUAAUUUUGGUGUUUAAUGUUACAUGCUUAAAUUUUUCUCAGUUUUAACAGUGGCACAUUUAGGCAUGGGAAUAUUAUUAAUUAUGAAAUUUAUCUUCAGGAUCUGCUAUAAGAUUGAAAUUUAGCCCAGCUCUAGACAUUUUACAAAUUAUUUUAAGAGCAGUCACUCUUGAUUGUUUGACUUUUUUUUUUUUUUAAAUUAAAGAUUGGGAAUAUGUGUGAGAGUAUGCAUAAGUAUGAGUGUGUGUGUGUGCAAUCAAACUGUGGUGUAAAUAGAUUCUCAGUGAAUUCUGGUAUUCAGACUCUAUUUCACUAGUGAAAGAACCAUUUUCUAAACUUAAACCUGUUUCCCUUUGCCUUUUUAUUUAUUUAAUUUUCUUGGUUUGGAGAUGGCAGUCCCAAACACCAGAGUCUUUACUUUUUUAUAACACAGCUCAAAUUAAGGUAGGGCAUAUGCCAAGGAGGUUCUCACCUCCCUAAAGAAGGGACUUGAGUUUUAGGGACUUUAAUUCACCCCUUCCUUCAGUACAACUUUCCCUCUUAUUUGCACAUGCCAAGAUAACUGCUUUUCUGCAGGCUUUACCCCCUUGAAAAACCCUUCUACAGUGCUGCUCACGAGAGAGCCUGAGUGAGCCUCAGCUUACGCUGCUGACUUGAAUUCACAGUCACCAAGUCUACCUAUCUUCCUUGGAAGCAGUCUAGCAAAAUUCCUAUUUAUAUGUUCAUUGGUUAUCUACACGGAAAAAAUCAAUUGUAUUUACAAAACUUUAAUUCAGUAUUUUUUUUUUACUGAAAACUUGUUUUGUAGUUACUAUCUGCUUAACAUAAAUAUCAUUUUCUUAUGAAGAGUAUAAAUUCAAAUUGUGUAUAUGAAAACAUUAGCAAAUCUUGUUUUUUCUAUAAAGAAAACAAAACUGGUGACAACAGUUUUCAGUCAUUUAUUCAGGAUUAUAAUGAAAUUCUAAAGGUCAGCAUAUUUUGAUAUUAAAUAGAGAUCGCACCUCUCCGUUUAUUUUUAAAUUAUGCUAACAACCACAGAUUAUGUCGGCAUGUUUUCUUCUAUACUUUCUAAAAAAAGCUUGUCUGAAAUUUGAGGGAAAUACGCUUAUUUGCAAUUUCUAUAAAAAGAAUACUCUUUUUUAUGUAUUUUGCUCAAUAGUGACUUUAAAAAAUAAAAGCUAUAUUCUCAGUUGUUUAAAAUCACUAACCUAUGGUAACCACACCUCAGUUUGAAAACAGAUUUUAAAAAAUGAUUCCCUGAGAGUUUCUUUUUUAUUGAGCCAUAGGAGGGAACCCAAUAUACAAUUCCUUUUUUAAUCUGGGAAUUGGGAAUAGUUCCUAAACACACAGAAUGUACUGAUAACAGUAUUUUUCUUCCCUUCAUAUGCAGUUCACAUUAAAUAGAAAGUUUUUAAAUAGCCAUUUGGAAAGGUGAGUUGACUUACUUCAGAAAAAAACAAAGUAAACCUUUUGGCUAGAAUGAUGAAUCUGACUAAUGUACUGUCACAGACAAGUGUAGGUAGUUUCGUUUUAUUUGAAUAGGUAAGCAAAAUAUUAUACUUUAUACCAGUGAAUUACCAACACCUUGACUUCUUUGUUACAGUGCUAAUGUCUAUUUUUUGUGAAGUUAUCCAUUAUGAAGCAGGGUGGAAGUUCAGUAUUUUGGCAUUUAAAAAGUUUAGUUAUAUAAUGUCUGCUUCCAGCUAGUGAGAAACAUCUAGCCAUACCUUUCUUAUGCAAGCCAUUCAGUUAUCAGGACUGUGAAUUAACACUGUAUGAAUAAAUUUCUGUACACCUUAUUGUUUGGCCAGGAGGCCACCAAGUGUACUUAUAUGUAAUCCUUAAAUUUUAAAGUAGCUGUAAUUUUUAAAUAUUUCUAAACUUUUCUUAAACCACUAAAAUUAAGCUCUUACUAGUUAGUCAAUUAUCCUCAGCUGUAUUCGUACUCAAUUGUCAGUAUGGCACAGAUUACUGUAUUAAAAUAUUCUCUUUUCGUCUUCAUAUUUACCUUCUGAGGUAAUUUUUUAACUUAAUGUGUUACUACAAAGAUUUGCAGAUCUUUAAUCAAGCACUAUGUUAAUACUGUAAUAUCAAAAUACUAUGUUGCAUUAUUUAAAAUGUUCAAAUUGAAUAGCUUAAAAGGAAGUUUUCAAAUGCUAUAUUGCAUCAUAUAAUUUGCUACUCAUCCACUAUGGCAUUGCAUAUUAGUCUAUUAAUACAUUUAAUGUUGCAUGAGUGAUAUUUUGGUCUGGGUUUCCUCUUAAGAUUUUAGUUUGUCUAAAUUAAGGAAAGAUGUUCUUAACAAUACUACAUUUUUAUUUUGUCUCCCCCUAAUCAGCUGGAAAUCUUAACCUUUUGGGUUUUCUUGGUGUUUUAAUGGGCCCAGAACUGUGGUUUAAAUUUUUAUACAUGUAUUUUAUUUUUUGUGGAGUAUAAAUUUGAAAACUGGAUUUGGGACCUAAAUACUCCUCAGGUUGACAUAUUCAUUAAGUUUUAAAAUAGCUUUAGUUUUCAAAGUAAACUGGAUUUGUGGACCUUAAAGUUCCUGAGUUUAAACUACAAGUUGUAACGUCAUCACUGGACACGUCAGCGUCACCCUCUCCGAACAGCGCGGUCACUUUAUGAAGGGGCGUCUUAAAGCUGCUGUUGUAGCAGUGACAUUCAAUAUGGUCCAAUUGCUUUUCUUUUUAACGUGACAAAAAAAAAAAGGAACAAACACUAUUGCUGCCGAAUGCCAUAACACUGAGUUGUACAAAUUGUGAUUGAGGAAAUGAAAAAGGUUUAUACUUUUUAAAAAAAAACAAAAAAACAAAACUUCAAAUGGAAUAAAUUAUUCACGAAGCCUUC